AUAAUUGAGGAAACAAUGAUAAAACUUGGUAGUAUGACUCUAUCAAGUGCCCCACCUCUUCGAAGAGGAAGUACCCCUGUGCCAAUCAAGCAUCAGCUCAGAAGGGAAGAAGCAGUCAAUGAUGAUUGUGAUUGUGCACCUGGAUUAGGCAGAACAUCCCCUCCCCCAAUCAGUUUUAUCUCAGCUGAGAAUGAGUUUAUUACUUCAGGAGUAGAUGGGAGACAGGAUGGCCCUUUGCGGAUUGCGCUUCUUGGACAGAAUGGAGUGGGCAAAUCAUCACUGGCUAUUGCCCUUGCAGGAGAUAUGGAUAGGACUGCAUCUGUGGAUUCUGAAGGAGAGGGCUACGUUCGAACAGUUACUGUGGAUGAUGAAGAGAGCACAAUUGUUAUCUAUGACAACUGGAGGCAGGAUCUAUCCAUUCUGCAAUGUGAGGUGUGUGUGCUCGUGUUCUCUGUGACGGAUAGACGUAGUUUCCACCGCACGGCUCAGCUCCGCCUCCUUCUUAGAGAGACUCAACCUCAAACUCCCAUCAUCCUUGUGGGCAACAAGAGUGACCUGGUCCGUUCGCGAGAGGUCAGCACAGAAGAGGCUCGAUCCAGUGCAGCUCUCUAUGACUGCCUGUACUUAGAGCUGUCUGCCUCUUUGGAUCAUCGCACUGACGAGCUUCUUGAGGCUGCUGUAAGGUUAGCGCGGGGGGAGAGCCCAGGAACCCUGGGAGCCUGUGGGGGUAACGGGGCUGGAGGGGCCCGACGGGAGAGCCUCACCACCCGGGCCAAACGCUUUCUCUCCAGUCUGGUGCCCCGCUACCCCCGUGAGAGAGACCGGGAAGGGGGCAAGUUUUUCAGGCAGAAAUCCCGGUCAUGCCAUGACCUGGGAGCUCUGUGA